AUGUCUUGCACUGGCAGUCACAGCUUCGUUUGGGGACCCGAAGACUUUCAGCGAAACGUCGACUCCGUGUCUCAGCCUGCCCAGGAGGUUUCUAUUCUGGCCCUGCUGCCUCUGUAUCGCGACCUGGUCGCGGAGUCUGGAGGACCCGGCUGCGCCGUCAUAUGCGGGAGGCGUGGCGGCGUGUUCCGCAAGUGCGUCUGGGUCGUCGUCGUCAGCGUGCUGACCACGCUCACGUUCCGGGACUGCAUCAGCGUGUUCAAGGAGUACGGGGAGUUCCCGGUCAUCAUCAACUACAAGUACCAGCAGGAGCUCUCUCCCAGCUUUCCCGACGUGACCAUCUGCAACGCGAAUCCACUGCGGAGGUCCCGACUCUGCGGAGACGAAGUCCCGAGGAACAGCGGGAUUCCGGCUGACGUGCUCAAGAGGAACUGCGCCGACCCGCCGGUCUACUUGGACCCGAAUGCCGAGGACCUGGAUCUGCGCGAUAAGCUGAGGCUCUGGGUGGCCCAGAUGAAGAAGGACGAACUGAGGACUGUGCAAAAACUGGCGCAUCAGUUGGACGACGUUGUAGUCGGCUGCGAGUAUGGGCGCAAGAACUGCAACGGACACAGAUAUUUCGCUCCGACGUUCGACUCUCGCUUCGGCAACUGCUUCUGCUUUCAUUGCAAAGUCGCCGGCGGUGUCACAGAGGAUUUCUACCACUACCAGACUACGUCUAGAACCGAAGACGGCUUGGUAGUGAUGCUUGACCCUCAACUAGACGAAUACCUGCCGACGUCCACUGAAGCUGGUUUCAUCGUCAUGGUUCACGGCCGUGGAUUCCAGCCGGACAUUUGCAACGACGCCGUGUUCGUGGAGCCAGGCUACUCCACCUAUAUUGGCCUGCGCCUGAACAAGCGUACCUCCCUGCCAGAGCCAUAUCAGCACCCGUGCAGGAACACCUGGCCCAAACACUUGAAGCACUUCGUUACCAAUGCCACCAGGUACACCAAAGAGGACUGCAUGAGCUUCUGCCAUCAGGACCUGGUACGCCAUCGGUGCGGCUGCGAGUCCCGGGACUUCCCCAUAACGACCAACGCCAAGGGAAAGACGUACCCGAUCUGCGAGGGAGACAAGGAAGAGUGCGUUCUCCAAAUCCGCGCCAUCAUGAACUUGCCAGUCGUCGGAAAGCACUGCCAUUGCCACAGGUCUUGCGUUAGCAUUAAGUACAACAAGGUCGUCACCCGGACGCUGAUGCCAGAGUCUAUUGCGUUUGGUAAAGGCACAAAAAGGUUCCUGAGCCGGGUGGUCCUCUACUUUCAAACCGUCACUUCACAGAACAUCAAAUCCAUUCCCAAAUACGACGGGCAGCGAAUCAUCGGCAGCUUCGGAGGCAUCAACGGCAUGUACCUGGGCGUCUCCUUCUUCAUCCUGUUCCUGAUGCUGGAAACGCUCGUCAGGGGGCUGGGACUCAUGCGUAGGAGCAAACCAGCACAAAAGUCGGAGCGGGAACCCCCUGCGGCGCCCGAAAUGCUGCCGGUGGAAAGCGUCCUCGGACGCGAUCCAGCUGCGCGCGGUCGAGUCCCCGGUCGCCUCGACUAUUCCCAGGGAGGUCGCCAACCGACCCUCCGGUCGCACAUGGUGACGGUGCCGCCACGGGCCCGCAUGCAGCAGAGACCCCCCCAGCGCUGA